ACAAAACUAAUCCCUGUCCGGGGCCAGGGUAGAAUAGUCCCGGGGUCGUCCCCACCUGUCGUAAAAGGCGACUAACGGGGAAACGGGACUGGCUGUGAAGGUAUCAGACAGUGAUAACUUUAACGAUUUAAUUGCAAGAACAAAGUAAUUUUAAUAUUAUCAGGUAAAAUUCUUGACACUUAACUAGUGCGUGAGUAACUACAUAAUACUACGCUCACUAUGGAGAAAUUAAACUAGUAUUUUUUAACGACUGUCGUAACUACAAUUAAACCGUACUACCUUGGAUAAAACAACUGCAUGAGCAUAAAACGCAACAUGUAUGUGAUCUUCGUCGUCGCACUGUUAAUUGGCGGUACUUUUAGUACUUCCAGCCUUAAUUUUAACCUAGAUCUAGACCUUAACAACGAAUUCACCAAUUCUAAAGAUGAGCUUGAGACUUUUAUUAACGACAAAUGCAACGAAAAUGGCGCCAACACAACAUUUUCUUUUUUAAUGAAUACGACAUUCGAACUCAACAUGUGUACCCAGACACACUUUAAUAUUGCAGAAGUACAACACGAAUUAAAUAUUGCGAGAACAAAUGGCACUAUGGACGAAGUUGUACUAAAGUACUGCUUGAGGUACCCUCAGAUUGAUAAGUGUUUAAGAAAGGGAUACGAUGCUGUAAAAACGUGCUUAAACUCCACGGAACAAGCGAUUGUUCAGGAAAGUUUAAAGUUUGCCGGGGAUCUAAUAAAACAAAUGUGCCUCAAGGACGGAACUCGACUUGCUAUGUUUAUCGGUUACGAAGGAGUCGAAUGUCUCAAUGUGCAAAAAGAACACCUUCAAGAAUGCGUAAUGGAUUCUGUUGGUAACAAUACAGAAUAUGUUGUUAUUUUACACCAACUAUUUGUUUCUAACGAUGACAACCAAAGAUGCAAGUCGUUCACGAGGAUUCGGUCUUGUUUCUAUGAACAACUGAGCAAAUGCGAGAAAAGUAUUCCUGCUAAUAUAAUUGACGGCAUUUUCAAAGUCUUCAGAAGAGAUUGGUCGUGCGAAGUCAAUUAUCAGACCAGAUCUGGAUAUAGAAAUGAUAUUUUUAUUAGAAUUGUUGUGACAUUUGUAAUCAUUUUGGUCGCCUGUUAUGUAUGUUAUAUUUUGGCUAAGCAGUAAUUCGAAACCAAUUUUUUUUGGGUUUUAUCUGCUAUAAAUAUUUAAUAAAUUAAUAAAACUGUAUGACGUGGUGUAGGCUUAAGGGUACCACGAAAGAACGACCAGCACCACACGCAAAUUUUGACAAGUAUAUUUUAUUGGCUGAAGCAUGGGUCUUCAAGUGUUUACAUUUUAAACUUUUUAUUAACCAUACUUACAACCGUCUAUGUUGUUUAUACAGGAUGUUUUAUUUGAAAUGAUCAAAGUAAGCGCCUCAGAAUAUAUAUAGAAAUAAAAUCACUUACUGUUAUUAUAAAUUAGCGCAGCAACGAGAACAA